UGUAAGUUAAUGCAAAUUGUAGCGUCUUGGGUAUGCAUUCCAAUUUUUGCUUAGUAUUCAGUAGAUGGGCUCUACUGAAAAAAGCAUUGAAGAGUUUUUCUUCGUUUUUACCUUGGGUUAAGAAAACUAAGAAGAAAGGUCUUAUCGGCCAGUAUCUGGCGGAGACUGGAUACUAUCAUAUCCAAGCUACGAAACCGGAUACAGUUGGGGUCGGUUUAAAUGAUUCACCUGCCGGCUUAGCAUCGUAUAUCAUCGAGAAGUUUUCUACCGGCACAAAUGCGUCUUACAAAUACAGGGAAGACGGUGGAUUUCUAGAGAAAUAUACGUACGACGAAUUGAUCGACAACCUAAUGAUCUAUUGGGUGUCGAAUAGUAUG